AUGGCUUGCUGGGUGUUCUGUAAUCGCUGUUUCCAGCCACCCCAGGGGACGACGUGUUUCAGCCUGACUAACUGCGGCCACGUGUACUGCGAUGUCUGCCUGCGCAAAGGUAAAAGGAAUGAAUGCUUGAUUUGUAAAGUUCCAUGUCGUACAGUUCUGCUUUCGAAACAUACGGACUCCGACAUCCAGUCACUCUUCAUGGGCAUAGACGGCCUGUGCAGGAAGUACGCAAGGGAGACCUCCCAGGUUUCAGAAUUUCAAGAAAAGCACAGGAGGAGACUGUUAGCCUACUACAGAGAAAAGAUUUCUCAUUUGGAAGAGUCCCUCAGGAAGUCAGCGCUGAGGAUGGAGCAGCUGCAGAGUGUGAGAUUGUCGCAACAAACGGCUUUCAGCACAACAAAAAAUCCAGUUUCAACUCCUUCGACAAAGCCCAACGGGCCUCUCUUCCUGCCACCUGACUCGUCAGCCUCUGAAAGGGCGGAGUCCAUGGAAGUUGAUCUCAGGCCCUCCCCAAGGAGAAAGUGUGAGGUCGCCACUGGCCUGACUAGGAUCUCUCUGCUCAGUCCACCUCGGGAUGGACGCAUGGUGUCCCCGCCUUGUGCCCCCACCGUCAUGCUGCUGUGCGGGUCUGUGCGAGCUGGCGCCCAGGCAUCUCUCAGGCAGGGCAGCCUCUCUGUGCUCAGUUUCUGCGGCAAAGCUGUGCCCUCCCAGUUCCUGCAGGGUCACACCCGGCCGUGCCCUUUCCUCCUGCUCUCAACCCCCGACACAAAGGCGCAGGUGCACAGGGGCCCGCUCACGGCCCAGUCAGGCUGUAGCACCGGCCCUGGGGGCGGCUCCUUGGUGCUGCCCGGGCCUCCUGCGACGCCUGGGGUCACCGCCCUCAGGACCAAGACCUGCCAUGGCCCAUGGUUCUCAGGCAGGACCCGAAAGACCCCCUACUGA